AUGGUGCCCGUUCCAACCCUCUCCUUCGCCAUCCCCGGCCGGUCCGCGCUCUACGACUUUCGCCUCGAGCGACUUGCUAAAGACAUUGGCGCAAAGGAAGUCAGGGCUGCAUGGAUAUACUACAUCAAUCCCUUCCACCGACUCCACGAGGAGGAGAUCAGGACGCUCCGGGGGCUCCUGCAAGAAGGGCACACCCCUCCCGCAGACGACCGUUUAUACCACACACUACUCGACGCCAUCAACCGCAACGGCGAUCCGCGAGACCCUGCUGUAUUGCUCUUCUACGUAUGCCCUCGAGCCGGCACGAUUUCGCCAUGGAGCUCCAAUGCAACCAACAUAGCGCAUGUGUGUGGCUUUGGGGAUUCGGUCAAGCGGACAGAGCGAGGCAUGGUUUUUGCGGCGACGUUUGACGAGGAGCUGGACAAUGAGGCUAUACCGCAGGCGGACCUUCUCCACGACCGCAUGACCGAGACGAUAAGCAGGCACCCACCAAACUUAGACGAUAUGUUCGGAGAACAUCUGCCGGCGCCAGCAGCUCGCGUACAUUUGGGAAGCGAUCCGAAAGCUGCGUUUCAGGCUGCGAACAGCAAACUCGGAUUGGCGCUCAGUCCAGAAGACAUUGAGUAUCUGGUGAAAGCUUGUACGGAGACUCUCAAGAGGGAUCUGACAGACGUGGAGCUUUUCAUGUUCAGCCAGGUCAACUCCGAACACUGCCGACACAAGCAGUUUAACGCUGACUGGACCAUUGACGGCAUGCGCAAACCCCACACCCUGUUUCAAAUGAUCAAAAACACACACAAAAAGAAUGGAAAGUACACAGUAAGUGCGUACAGUGACAAUGCGGCGGUGCUGCAAGGCGAGACUGCGAGCUACUGGGCACCCACAACCGCGACCGGCGAAUGGCAUCAAACUAAGGAGACGGUCCAUUACCUGAUCAAGGUAGAGACACACAACCACCCAACCGCUGUAUCGCCCUUCCCAGGAGCAGCGACUGGCGCUGGCGGUGAGAUCCGGGACGAAGGAGCCGUCGGCAGGGGAAGCAAGCCGAAGAGUGGGUUGUCGGGUUACUCCGUCUCAGACCUCCUGAUCCCCGGCUUCGAGCAGCCAUGGGAGAUGAGCGAUGUCGGGAAGCCAGCGCAUAUCGCUUCGAGUCUGGACAUCAUGCUCGAAGCGCCGAUAGGCGGCGCUGCGUUCAACAAUGAAUUCGGCAGGCCAUGCACCGCGGGCUACUUCCGUACGCUGCUCACAAAGGUACCGGUCGAUGAUAGAAAAACUGAACUGAGAGGCUACCACAAGCCGAUCAUGAUUGCUGGCGGAGUCGGCACGGUACGACCGCAGCAUGCCCUGAAGACCGCGGAUCUUGUGAAGCCAGGCGCGCAUCUGCUCGUUAUCGGCGGCCCGGCGAUGCUCAUUGGGUUAGGUGGAGGAGCGGCGUCGAGCGUCCAAUCUGGAGAGGGAUCCGUUGACCUCGAUUUCGCAAGUGUACAGCGGGGCAAUGCUGAGGUCCAGCGACGGGCGCAAGAAGUCAUCAACACAUGCACUGCAAUGGGCAAUGAAAACCCGAUUCUAUUCAUACAUGAUGUUGGAGCGGGUGGCUUGUGCAACGCUUUACCGGAACUGGCACAUGACGCUGGCCUGGGUGCGAAAUUCGAGCUGCGUGAAGUUGACAACGCGGACAGGGGCAUGAGCCCGCUUCAGAUAUGGUGCUGUGAGGCACAAGAGCGAUACGUCAUGGCUGUGGCACCGGAGACCCUGGAAACAUUCAAAUCGAUCUGCAAGCGCGAGAGAUGCGGUUACUCUGUCGUAGGGACAGCGACAGGAGGGGAAACGGAUCAGGAAAAAAAGCUAGUACUCGUUGACAGAGACUCGCAAGACUUUCCGACGCUCAUUGACCUACCUAUGUCCACGCUGUUCGGCAGACCUCCCAUUCCAUCGCGGAUUGUCUCUUCGAGGAAACUGAAGUUACCGGUCUUCGAUAGCAGCCUCUCAUCCUACCUUCCGAAGACGCCGAAAGAUGGGCUACUAAGUGAAGCAGUGGGCAGAGUCCUUGCUCUCCCCUCUGUCGGCUCAAAGUCCUUCCUGAUCACCAUCGGCGACAGAAGCGUAGGCGGUCUCGUGACCCGGGACCAAAUGGUUGGACCAUGGCAAGUACCCGUCGCCGACGUCUCGGUAACAGCAACAUCGCUUCUGGCAGGUGUUCGUACCGGAGAAGCGAUGGCACUGGGCGAGAAGCCUACUCUCGCGCUCAUAUCGCCAGCGGCAUCAGCUCGCAUGGCAGUGGCGGAGUCGCUUAUGAACAUCGCCGCUGCGAGCAUCACUGAUCGCUUGGAGCGGAUACGGCUCUCGGCUAAUUGGAUGGCUGCGAGCAGCCAUGAAGGCGAGGGUGCAAAUCUGUACGAGGCUGUGGAGGCUAUCGGUAUGAAAUUGUGCCCUAAGCUCGGCGUCAGCAUCCCCGUGGGGAAGGACUCUAUGUCCAUGAAGAUGAGGUGGAAAGACGCGGAGAAGAAGGAAGACAAGGAGGUUACCGCACCCCUGUCGCUGGUUAUCACUGCUUUCGCUCCCGUUGAUAGGAUUAAGAGGACGUGGACGCCGGCAUUGCGGCGCUUGGAGGACGUGGGUGAGACCGUUUUACUCUUCGUCGAUAUUGCAGAAGGAAUGAAGGCUAUGGGAGGUUCAGCGCUGGCGCAAGUGUUUGGCCAGGUCGGCGACGAAGCGCCUGAUGUCCGGAACGUGGACUUGCUCAAAGACUUCUACGAUGCUGUCGAGCAGCUGCACGAGUCUGGCAUUGUCUUGGCGUAUCAUGACCGUUCAGAUGGUGGCCUCUUCACGACUCUAGUCGAGAUGAUGUUUGCCGGUCGCUGUGGCUUGGAGAUCAUGCUAGACGAUGUUUGCCGCAGCGAUAGCGUCGAGGACCUCAUGGAAGCGCUCUUCAAUGAGGAGCUAGGUGCCGUGUUCCAAGUGCGCAAGGAGCACGAGAACGAGUUCAAGAACUGUUUCGCAACCUGCGGGCCACCACCAGGGCUGAUCAAGAAGAUCGGCCGCGUGCCUCCAGCGUCGAAGCAGGAGAUCUCCUUUUUCAGAGGCACUGACGUUGUAUAUCGCAACAGCCGACGAAGUCUUCAGCAACGCUGGUCGGCCACCUCACACCAGAUGCAGCGGCUCCGCGAUAAUCCCGCUGCUGCCGACGCAGAACACGAGAAUAUCAUAGAUGACUCCGAUCCAGGCAUGACGUACAAGCUCACCUUCAACCCGAAAGACAACAUUCUCCCCCUGACAUCAACCAUCUCUGCUGCGUUUACCUCCCGCCCAAAAGUCGCGAUCCUGAGGGAAGAAGGCGUGAACGGCCAAGCGGAAAUGGCCUUCGCCUUCGCAUCCGCCGGCUUCUCGGCCAUUGACGUCCACAUGACCGACAUCCUCAGUGGCGCGCGAUCUCUCAGCGAGUUUGUGGGUCUCGCAGCCUGCGGUGGCUUCUCCUACGGCGACGUCCUCGGCGCCGGACAGGGCUGGGCAAAAAGCGUCCUCCUACACCCCAGCACGCGCCGAGAGUUCCAGUCCUUCUUCGAGCGCCCGAACACCUUCACCCUUGGCGUGUGCAACGGUUGCCAAUUCCUCUCGCGGCUGAAAGAGCUGAUCCCCGGCGCUGGAACCUGGCCGACCUUCGAGCGGAACAUCAGCGAACAGUACGAAGCGCGCGUAUGCAUGGUCGAGAUCAUUGAUCCGCCAAAUCACUCGCCGUCCGUCUUCCUGCACGGCAUGCACGGCUCCACUCUCCCAAUCGUGACAGCACACGGCGAGGGCCGCGCCACGUUCCCGUCUGGCCUGGCGGCGUCGUCAACCCCGGACGGACUGUUCGAGCAGGGCCUAGUUUCGCUAAGAUAUGUGGAUAACUAUCUUAAGCCCACAGAGAGAUAUCCGUUUAACCCGAAUGGCAGCCCCAAGGGGAUCACGGGUGUUAGGACACCUGAUGGGAGGGUGUUGGCGCUGAUGCCGCAUCCGGAGCGGACGGUUCUGACGGAUGUGGGGAGUUGGAUUCCGAGGGAGCAGGCGGAGGCGUGGGGUGGAGAGUUUGGGCCUUGGAUUAGGCUGUUUAAGAGCGCGAGGAGGUGGUUCGAUGUCAAAGCCAGCUAUGAGGGCCUUGUUGAGAAAUUCAGCAUCCUAAAUCGGGAUGAUCUGGCCGAUGCUCUCAGUAUUCGCCUAGAGCAGCUGGCCGGUGUUUCCAACAAAUUCACUCCCGAGAUCUUGUCGCUGUUCUUGAAUCUGUCGGACCGUCCAGUCGAGAAGUCUAGCCUGAAGGACCUGGAAGCACUGAAGCCCGAACCAGCUCCUCCGCCGCUGACGUGGGCGGAUAUCUAUGCUGAUGAUCCGCCGAAUGAGGAGGGUAUUUGGGAUGAUAUUGAUUACGCUGCCGAGUCUUCUGAAGAUGAGAAGAGACGAGGAGUUCCUGUCAGGUCUGGCAAGAAAUAUACCACACCACCGUCCAGCGUCGAUGAUACGGAACAUGCACCGGAUCCGCAUCCCUUCAUCAUUGUACCGAAUUCCAAAGAGCUUCAAGGGAUCGAUGAGGCACAGUUCUGGAAGCAUCGCAAGCUCGUGAACGAGUCUGAGACUGUCACCAUUACCGAGCUACAAGCCGUCCGGGAGGUUCUAUUUAUGUUGCGUGGACUGCCAACGUCCCUCUUUCGGCUGGACGGAGAUUCGAGUGCCAUUACCUGCAAUACUAGCUAUGCCUUAGAGCACGCAAUCCCCGCAACCUUCCACCACCUUCUUACUAGUUUUCAAGAUGUCGGCGCCCGGCUAUACCGCUUACGGCAGUGGGCCCGCAUCAAGCAAUCCGUGUCACUAUUGCAGACUCUACAAGCUGCUAUCAUGGCACGCCUAACAGGAAUUGAUUUGGAUGUUACGAAAAUUGAGCAGCGCUUUGUUGCGCCCGAGGGACCCGUGAUUGUCAGCCUUAUCCAGGUUUAUUCUGAGAUAGAAGCGCUUGCGCACCCUCUGAAAGCAUUGGCGGCCACGCUCAGUGCAGUCGACGGGUCCGCUAACCGGCAUGCUUUCAAGUAUCUCGAGGCUUUGUUCGAUGGUGCAAACAUCGCACAAAUGGCUGGAGACUCCGAUGCUUUCAGGUUCAUGGCCGACAUGUUUUUCGAGUGUCUCCAGACGUACUUGAAGCCCGUGAGGAAGUGGAUGGAGCAAGGAGAACUAGAAACCGACGACCAGAUCUUCUUCGUCGGCGUAUCAGACAAGGGCAGCGAGGCCUCUUCCCUGUGGCACGAACGCUUUGUAUUGCGCUAUGGCACAGAUGGCAAUCUGCACGCUCCGAAGUUCCUGCAUCCAGCUGUUCGGAAGGUGUUCAACACGGGGAAGAGUAUCGUUUUCUUGAAGGAACUUGGCCACGGCGGCACAAGAGAUGCUUUCUGCAUCGAUGUUGAGCCCAGCCUUGACUUUCAUACUGUCUGCUCGCAUAAUUCUGCUGCGCUACUUACUCCUUUCACUGAGGUUUUCGAUAUAGCCUUCGAGAGUUGGAUGCGCAGCAAGUACAGCGCAGCAUCGUUGACUCUCCGACAGAGACUGUACGAAGAAUGCGGCUUGUGGCGUUCACUGGACGCGCUGGAACACAUAUACUUUUCCAGAGAUGGUAGAAUCUUCCAAACCUUUGCUGAUCGGCUAUUCGAGAGGUUGGAGGGGCGACGAAGAGUGUGGAAUGACCGUUUCUCAUUGACAGAGCUGGCGAAGACAACAUUCUGUGGCGUUGACUGCCUAUACGAGGACUCGAUAGCAAUAAGAGUCACCAGUACGAAACAUCCACGGCGCUCUAUCAAGACUUUGUCAAGCAUUUUCAUUGAGUACAUGCUUCCCUGGUCUAUCACCAACGUCAUCCGAAGAACGUCCUUCAAGACAUACCAGCGCGUCUUCACGUUUCUCCUCCAAGUCUACCGCUCCAAGUACCUCCUCCGAAAGCUGGAUUUCCGUGUCUCCCACCAGCACGAGCCCGGGAAACACACCCAUCUCAUCUACUCCCUCCGGUACCGCAUGCUCUGGUUCACCGACGUCCUCCACGCCUACCUCACCGCAACAGUCCUUAACGCCUCAACCACCACAAUGCGCAAACGCAUGGCCGAAGCCGAAGACAUCGACGCAAUGGCCACCGUGCACGAGGACUAUAGCAAUCGUCUGCGUUCGCAGUGCCUUCUUUCGAAGAGUCUAGCGCCCAUCCACCAAGCCAUCAUCUCGCUCCUUGAUCUCUGCGUCCUCUUUACGGAUAUCGUGGUCCAGCUCUCGGCUCGUCACAUGCCGGCCGACGCACCCACCAGACGACCAUCCGUCCGGCCACAGCGACGCUUCAGCAAGCGGCAAGCCACCGCACCCCCCGACGACGACACCGUCUCAGAAGACGACGACAGCGAAGACGGCUACAAGGCUGAAGCGGAGGAAGGUGCACCCAUUGCUGGAGGACCUGUUGGGGAGCGGCUGGGGAAGAUGCACGAGCAGUUCGAGAAACUGUGCGCGUUUGUUGCGGUGGGGUUGAGGGGAGUAGGGAGAGUAGGGGCGGAGCCGGCGUGGGAGAUGCUGGCGGAGAGGCUGGAGUGGGGUGGAGGGAGAGCGGGGGGGAUGAGGGUUGGGGAAGGGGGAGGUGGGGACGAAAACCAUGCUGGAAGAUGGGCGGUGUCCUUGAGCGAAGUCUCAUAG